ACAGGACAUCAGCAACACAACCCAGGUAUAUGGAGCAGGUAGGCUAUAACAGGACAUCAGCAACACAACCCGGGUCUAUAGAGCAGGUAGGCUACAACAGGACAUCAGCAACACAACCCAGGUCUAUGGAGCAGGUAGGCUACAACAGGACAUCAGCAACACAACCCAGGUCUAUGGAGCAGGUAGGCUACAACAGGACAUCAGCAACACAACCCAGGUCUAUGGAGCAGGUAGGCUACAACAGGACAUCAGCAACACAACCCAGGUCUAUGGAGCAGGUAGGCUACAACAGGACAUCAGCAACACAACCCAGGUAUAUGGAGCAGGUAGGCUAUAACAGGACAUCAGCAACACAACCCAGGUCUAUGGUAGGCUACAACAGGACAUCAGCAACACAACCCAGGUCUAUGGAGCAGGUAGGCUACAACAGGACAUCAGCAACACAACCCAGGUCUAUGGAGCAGGUAGGCUACAACAGGACAUCAGCAACACAACCCAGGUCUAUGGAGCAGGUAGGCUACAACAGGACAUCAGCAACACAACCCAGGUCUAUGGAGCAGGUAGGCUACAACAGGACAUCAGCAACACAACCCAGGUAUAUGGAGCAGGUAGGCUAUAACAGGACAUCAGCAACACAACCCAGGUCUAUGGUAGGCUACAACAGGACAUCAGCAACACAACCCAGGUCUAUGGAGCAGGUAGGCUACAACAGGACAUCAGCAACACAACCCAGGUCUAUGGAGCAGGUAGGCUACAACAGGACAUCAGCAACACAACCCAGGUCUAUGGAGCAGGUAGGCUACAACAGGACAUCAGCAACACAACCCAGGUAUAUGGAGCAGGUAGGCUACAACAGGACAUCAGCAACACAACCCAGGUCUAUGGAGCAGGUAGGCUACAACAGGACAUCAGCAACACAACCCCCCCAGGUCUAUGGAGCAGGUAGGCUACAACAGGACAUCAGCAACACAACCCAGGUCUAUGGAGCAGGUAGGCUACAACAGGACAUCAGCAACACAACCCAGGUCUAUGGAGCAGGUAGGCUACAACAGGACAUCAGCAACACAACCCAGGUCUAUGGAGCAGGUAGGCUACAACAGGACAUCAGCAACACAACCCAGGUCUAUGGAGCAGGUAGGCUACAACAGGACAUCAGCAACACAACCCAGGUCUAUGGAGCAGGUAGGCUACAACAGGACAUGCCCAACAAAUUCCUCCACAGUUUAGUUUAAUGUAAUAUGUUGUUGUCUGCUGCUCGUUGCUUUGGAGGGCCAUUAUGCCAUAACGUAAUUAUUAUCAGCCCUCAAAAGACAGAUAUAGGGGAUGGGGAACACUGCUGACCUUAUGAGACUAGCAAAACCCCAAAAUGUUUUCAUCAUAUGCAGCAAAAGAGAGAGAAUAAUAACAGUAAAUGUAAGUGCAGUUUCCCAAAGUCUUGUUGCUCACCAGCUCAUUUCCACCA